AUGGCUACCGGCGAGCCAGGCAAUGUGCCAGAGCCGUGUGCCAGCCCGCGCGUCCCCGCGUCCCACCGGGGCCAAAGCUUCGCCCCGGCACGCGUUGCGGUGGUGGCUCAACCGAGUCCAUCACCCUCAGGUCCCGUGGGGGAUUCUGACCUCAAUGGCUGCACCCCAAGGUUUGGGGAGCGGUUGUACCACACCGCGUUGUGUCUCUCCGACGAUGUGGUCCUCCUGGUGGGAGGUCGAACAUCUCCCUCGAGCUCCGGCGUGGCAACGGUGUGGCUGAAGGUCUCCGGGACCUCUGCGGAAUGGGACGCGGCGGAGGUGACGGUGGAGCCUGUGGACCUCCCGCCGGUGGCUGAGCCGCCUUCUCACCGGUGGAGACACAGCGCAACCCAAGUGACCUUCCAAGGCGAGAACUUCCUGUUCCUCUACGGUGGUCGCUCCGCUACAGAGCCCGUGUUGGGGGAUUGGUGUUUCCUGCGCAUUCCAGAACUUUCCUACACUGUGAUCCCGGUGGAGGGUGCGGUGCCCGAACGCCGUCACUCGCACGGAGCGUGUGCUUGGGAAGGAGGAGCUGUGAUCGUAGGAGGCCUCGGAGCCGACGAGAAGCCCUUGGGGUCACUCUUCCUCCUGAGGGAGCUUCAACGCGGCUUUGGGUGGCAACCAAUGGAGACGCACCCUCCUCUGGUGCCGAGAUAUUCCCACACGGCACACGUGCACGAUGGAAAGCUUCUCCUCGUUGGCGGAGUGUGGCUUCGUUCCUCCUCCGUGCCGGGAGUCACCGUCGUUGACUUAACGACCGGGCUCUGCUUGGACUACACCAUCGAUGUGGAGCCCCUGGAGUGGCCGUUGAUGCUCCACAACCACAGCAGUGUUCUUCUGCCCGAUGAGAAGGAGCUGUUGGUUCUUGGCGGUGGUGGGAACUGCUUCUCCUUCGGGACACACCUCAACUCAGAACCGGUCUUGUUGGACCUCAACAGCAUCUUAACCACCCCUUGACCGGGACAACGCGGUGACGGAACCGCGUUGCUGUGCUCUGGUGGGACCUCCCUUCUCUUGUAGAACCUCAACCUUCUUCCACAGAGGUUUGGGAUCCAUAGGGGUUUGUGAAGGUGGGAUUGGGGGAGGCAGUUCCCACCAGGGGUUGUCCUCCUCUUCCGUCUCGUGUCUCCUCGUCCGUUUUUGAGCUCCUCUCGGUGCUGCUGUAAAUAAAGUCUCUCCAAAGAAACUCCGUGGUGAGAACGUAGAAUCACGAAGUCAUGGAAUCGGGAAGGUUGGAGAAGCUCUCCGAGCUCAUCCAGAUGUCCAACCGUCA